AGCGAGCGCUUUAAUUUGGGGGGAUCUCCCGAUUCAGUUGGCGCUGGUCGUUCCUCUAAGUGUGUUGUUUUUUUUUGCGAACCACUUAUAGUUAAGGUUACUUAAAAAGGACCUUUUUUUUAAGUGUUGCUGUCAUUAUUAUAUUGGUUCUAGACCACUUAUAGCAGGGAUGACGACCUCAAGAGAAUUGAUAAUGGUUAACAACUGGAACAACUCAUACAACAAUCUAUCAUGCAACAAGGCUGUUUCAAACAACAACAGGCUUCUGACUGAUUUAGUAGACAAAGGACGAAAAGAUUUGAGAGAAGACGAAAAAUCGAAAAAAGACUGUAUUAUCCAUUUGAGGGAGUGGGUUAAGCAAAAUCCUGAUAUUGAAAACUGCCCUACAGAUGACCUUUUCCUACUUCGUUUUCUUCGUGUAAAAAAAUUCAGCCUCCACAUGGCGCAACAGACUCUGUUAAAAUAUUUAAAUUUCAAGAAAAAGUUCAGACAUUUUAUGUAUAACAUGGAUUGUGAAGACCCGAAUGUUAGUCAGAUCAUAGAUAAUGGCUACUUAUUCGUUAGUCCAUACAGAGAUUCGUGUGGGAGGAGAGUUAUUAUUUAUGACUUAUCCAAAUUCGAUUUAAAUAAAUUUUCUGGCGUUGACAUGGCGAAGGUACACGUAAUAACAUACGAAACGUUAUUGGAAGACGAAACGAAUCAAGUUUUAGGAUUUAACCACGUUGGAAACGUUUCCGGAGCAAGUAUGAACCACGUACCUCUAUUUACCGUAUCAGAUUUUGCUUAUAUGGUCCGCUGGGGAGAGCAAUCCAUACCAAUGAGACACAAGGAAAUAAACGUUUUGAAUCUUCCAUCAGUCAUCAAAUUCGUUUACGAUUUCGCUGUUUCUCUUGCCAGUGAAAAAAUGAAGUCUAGAGUAUUUAUCCACGGUUCGCUGGACCAACUUCACAAAAGAGUGGAGAGGGAAUGCUUACCGUUAGAGUUUGGCGGAAAAAUGCCCGCCAAAGAGAUGAUAAAAUUGUGGAAAACGGAGAUGGAACUGAAACGGAAAAGAUUAUUAAGUUUCGACGACAUGAAUCUUCUUAGCGACAGAGGAAUAAUCAGAAGAAGAAAACCACCCGCGCAAGAUGAUACAGGUACCGGAAGUUUACCAGGAAGUUUUAGGAAACUGGAAUUAGAUUAAGUAAUUAGUUAUUAGAAGAAAUUUAAUUUAGAGAAUAAAAUGAUUAGCUAUUUGGUAAUAGUUCAUGAAAAAGUUACUGAAUGGGUAAAAAAUAAACUAGACAGAAGCGUGUUCAAUUGGUCUUUAGUUCUGGAUUCCAAAAUCUUAGUGUGCUUGAAUUUACAGAUCUUGUUACACCAAAGCAUUAUCUACCAAAAUAUUUGUCGAAUUCUGUAAUAACCCCAUUAUUUUGACUACAAUUUCUUGACUCAUGUCAUAUGCAUUUUAAUUAUCAUAUACUUCCCCAACAGCAUGUACGACAUACGUGCUUUAGUUAUCAAAACAAUCAUUUAGUGAAUUUAUAAAAAAUCAGCCUCUACCCAGAAAGGAAACUAAUAAAACCAAUAAAGAUGCAAAAGAAGGGACAGUUAAAUAAGGUUAAUAAGGUUAAAUAGGUUCAAAAAAUUGUUGUUUAUUAUUUUUGUUAGCCUGGAACCUGGUAUUCUUGGCCAAACCGUCUCAGCUCAUUUUAAGUUACUCCGUCCUCUACUGGUUUUACUACCAAUCUUUUCUAAUUUCUUAAUUAUUUACUAUUUAUAUUUUUAACUUCACAUUCACCUAAAUCAUCAAAAUAGUGGGUUAUGUCGGAAUUUUCUUCGUAGGUGCUCUCUGUAAUUUUAAAUGAUUUACAAAGAAAACAGACUAGAGGUAUAUUUGAG